AAGCCAUCCCCAGCUGAAGGGGUCAAGUCUAAUCCAUCCAAGAGGCAUAGGGAUCGCCUGAACGCAGAGUUGGACCGCUUGGCUAGCCUCCUGCCUUUCCCUCAAGAUGUCAUCGCCAAAUUGGAUAAGCUGUCUGUGCUUAGGCUUAGCGUCAGUUACCUGAGAGCCAAAAGUUUUUUUGACGUUGCAUUAAAAUCUUCUAACUCAGCAAGACCAGAAAGAAAUAGCAUUCAGGAAAACUGUAGAACAGCAAAAUGUGCAGAAGGGAUGCAGAUACUGGAAGGAGAACUCUUACUGCAGGCAUUAAAUGGUUUUGUAUUAGUUGUUACAUCUGAUGCUCUGGUUUUUUACGUCUCUUCUACUAUCCAAGACUACUUGGGAUUCCAGCAAUCUGAUAUUAUACACCAGAGUGUAUUUGAGUUGAUUCACACAGAAGACAGACCUGAGUUUCAACGACAGCUACAUUGGGCAUUAAAUCCUGCCCAGUCUGCAGAUUCUGGACCAAGUGCACAAGGAGAUAAUGGCUUUUCACAGCCAGCAACCUAUUAUAACCCAGACCAACUUCCUCCAGAGAAUUCUUCCUUUAUGGAAAGGAAUUUCAUCUGUAGGUUACGAUGCCUCCUGGAUAAUUCAUCUGGAUUUCUGGCUAUGAAUUUUCAAGGACGAUUAAAGUUUCUUCAUGGACAAAACAAGAAAGGGAAAGAUGGUGCUGCUUUGUCACCUCAGCUUGCUCUGUUUGCAGUAGCUACUCCCCUACAGCCACCAUCUAUCCUUGAGAUACGAACCAAAAACUUCAUCUUCAGAACUAAACACAAACUGGAUUUCACGCCUACUGGCUGUGAUGCAAAAGGAAAGAUUGUCCUGGGAUACACUGAAGCAGAGCUGUGCAUGAGAGGAACAGGGUACCAGUUUGUUCAUGCAGCAGAUAUGCUUUAUUGUGCUGAAAACCAUGUUCGAAUGAUGAAGACAGGUGAGAGUGGAAUGACUGUAUUUAGGCUUCUGACCAAAGAAAACCGAUGGGCUUGGGUACAGGCAAAUGCACGUCUAGUCUACAAAAAUGGAAGACCAGAUUACAUCAUUGCCACACAAAGACCUCUGACAGAUGAAGAAGGGGCAGAACACCUACGGAAGCGCAACAUGAAGUUGCCCUUCAUGUUUGCCACUGGUGAGGCUGUGUUGAAAAUGUCGAGCCUUAUGGAUCCCUCUCAGCCGAAGAGUAAAAGCACAACAGGAAAAGGAGGCAAAGGAAUGCUACACAACGAUUCUGUGGAUCCAAACUCCCUCCUGGGUGUCAUGUUAAGGCAAGAUGAGUCUGUGUAUCUCUGCCCUCCAGCAUCGCAUAAACUUUCCUUUGAGCGGAACUUCUUUACAGACAGCAGGGAUGAACUGGGUGGUGGUGUUAGCAGCAGCUGGACAGAUAAUCUCCUUCCUGCUGGAAAUCACAACAUUCUCAAACGGGAGCUAAUGGAGUGUUCCCAGGAAAGUACUGUUCCACUUCCUGAGGACAGUGCAGCACUUUUUCAAGAUAACAAAAACAGUGAUUUGUACAGCAUCAUGAAAAAUCUGGGUAUUGACUUUGAAGAUUUAAAGUGUAUUCAGCAGGAUGAGGAGUUUUUUAAAACUGAAUUAUCUGGUGUGGAUGAUAUUGGGGACAUUGACAUAACUGAUGAAAUCCUGACCUAUGUUCAGGAUUCAUUAAAUAAGUCUGACUACUUAUAUUCAGGCUGUAAUCAGCAGCAGCCCCUGGUCCAGAAUGAAGGUUGCUUGGUACAGCAAGAGUUGGAUCCACAUCAGCUUCAUCAGCACCAGAAACAGCUUGUGGAGCAGCAGCAGCAGCAGCAACAGCAGCUCUGUCAAAAGAUGAAACACAUGCAAGUCAAUGGGAUGUUCACAAACUGGAGCCCUGGCACCAGCAUGCCCCUUAGCUGCUCGCAGCAGCAGCCCCAGCAAUAUGUGUUCCCUGGCAUGCAUGCCACCACAUCAGAGUUCCCUUACAAAUCAGAAGGGAGCUCUUCCCCUUUUGCAUGUAGGCAAGAGUUUAUUUCUUACAAGCAACCCACAGCAAUGAUGCCACAGCUUUCUAACUUUGCUCAAAUGGAUUUCCCUGUAGCAGGUUUUGAUGGAUCAACCUGUUCUGCUUCUUCCAACUUGGAGGAUUUUCUGAGUUGUUUGCAGCAAGUCCCUGAAAAUCGUGAGUGUGGAAUAAACUCUGAGCCGGUUAUGCUGACUCCUCAAACAUGCUAUGCAGGCGCUGUUUCUAUGUACCAGUGCGCGCAGGAAGCACAGCCCAGCUGUGUGGAUCGAAUGCAGUAUGAUCCUAUCAUGGCAAGUCAACAAACUCUGUUGAACAAGUUCCAAAAUGGUUUCAAUGGAGGAAAUGUAAAUGAAGCAUAUCCCUCUCAGUUAGAUGCGAUCACUAAUGCACAGACUGCUACACAUCUUCAGCCUCUUCAUCAUCCAACAGAACCCAGAUCCUUCUCAGAUUUGGCAUCUAGUGGGUUUAUGUGAUUCAGAUGUAGAGCUCCAUCUGUGAUUUUGUCUGGGUGUAAGGCUGCUCUGAGGAAAAGCUCAAUAACUCUAUCUAAGCAUCAGACUUUUAACAGCUAAAUCACAUUUUGAAAAUAGGAGGUUGGUUGCACUAUGUACUGGUGGAUAUGUAAUCCAAGAUCUGACUUUUUAGGUGGAAUUAAAACUUCUGACUAAAAGUAUGUGUGUGCUGUUUUCCAUCAGGUUAACGGUGUCAUUGCAGUGUGGAUUUACAUAUGUACUACAGACUGUCAUCCUAUACAACAUAAGAUAAGGCAAAUGGUUUUGUUGUUUAGAAAAAUAAAUUGGGCACUUUACAAGUGGCAUCAAUGGCACAAGGAAGAUGGUUUCACACAUGGAUUAUUUCCAGACUUUAU